CGAACAGGCUGGCUUGUGCACACAGUGAAAGGGGUGUGGUCCUGGCUGUUGAUUACAACCUCUCAAGUCAAUAUCGGACAGAGCGGGAGUGACGCAGAGAGGACACGGAGAGUCUUGGGUGCUGGAGGGACUGCCGGAUAUUCCAAGACACCCUGACCGGACUGUGUGACCACAUUCACCAUGGCUGUCAUUCAGGAACCGACAUCAAAUGCGCAGGAAAAUCUGCCCACUUAUGAUAACAUGAGCUUUCAGCACGAGGAAGGUAGACCACCGCCGUACGCCCCACAGGCUGGGAUUUACCCCUCCCUCCCUCAAGCCACACCAAGCUACGUUGUCGUCUCUCCUGCUCCCAUCAACACCCACCAAACUACGCCGCCAGCUGACGUACAAAACAAAGGAACAAGGAGCUGUCAAUGGAAACGCGCCCUGUGUGCAUCCAUAUGUGUCCUGAUGGUCCUGGCGGUGCUCGCUCUCCUGCUGUGGUACUUCUUGUACUUCCAGUGUGCACUUGGGAGGUCUUGCAGAAAAAGUGGGAGGUGUCUGCGUUCAUCCCAGUGGUGUGACGGAGUCAUCGAUUGCGCCGAUGCGGAGGAUGAGUCCCAAUGCUUUCGCCUUCAUGGUAGCAACUUCAUGCUGCAGGCUUUCACAUCACACAGCCAGGAAUGGAUGCCAGUGUGUGCUGACAAGUGGGAUGAUGCCUAUGGGAAAGCUGUGUGUGAGCAGAUGGGUUACAAGAGGCAGGAUUAUGUAACCUACAGCAAAACCAAUGCAGGUUCCUUGGCCUCCAGAGGCUUCAUGAAGCUGGUGCCUGAAAGCAACCACAGAUCCCGAAUCCAAUCCCAGCUAUCUCACAGUGCAAGUUGCUCAGAGAGAGCUGUUGGGCUACGCUGUAUAGAUUGCGGAGAGAGCGUUGCCGCCCCCAAAAGUCGCAUCGUAGGUGGUACAGAGGCUUCAAAUGGAGAGUGGCCGUGGCAGGUCAGUCUCCAGGUUUUGGGUCAGAAACACGUUUGCGGAGGCUCCAUUAUCAGCCCGUUGUGGAUCGUGUCAGCUGCGCACUGCUUCCAAGAGUACUCCAGGCCUUCAAGAUGGAUAGUCCGCUCUGGCGAUGUCAGCUUGUUUAAAAUGAGUUUUGACAAUGGCAACAAAGUUGACAAAAUCAUCAGUCAUGAGAAGUACGAUCCAGAAACUAACGACAACGACAUUGCUCUUCUGAAACUGGAAACGCCGUUGAGAUUUUCAGACACGGUGAAGCCGGUGUGUUUGCCUAACAUCGGUAUGGAGUUCUCAGCUGGACAUCCCGCUUGGAUUACAGGUUGGGGAGCCUUGAGGUCAUCUGGACGAUCUCCGGACCAACUCAACCAGGCGGAGGUGACCAUUUACAGCAGACAGGAGUGUAACAAACCCGCCAUAUUAAACGGAGCCAUCACUGAAUCUAUGGUCUGUGCUGGCGAACUGAAGGGAGGCGUAGACUCGUGCCAAGGUGACAGUGGCGGACCCCUGGUGGUCAGGGAGGCGGACCGCUGGUGGCUGGCUGGGGACACGAGCUGGGGGAUCGACUGUGCUUUGAGGAACAAGCCGGGGGUCUACGGCAACGUAACUCACUUUCGUGACUGGAUAUAUUGGCACAUGCAGAAUGAGUGAUGCUUGGAAAUAUAAGAGGAAAAUCUCAUCUCGCUAAACACACUUUGCACUUUGGAGCUGAAAUAUUGGUAAAGGCCAAGGAUGUGCGGUGAGGUUCAUGGCUGACAUGACUUUUUAGUUUUUUUAUGCUAACACAAGUUGCUAACUAACACAAAAAUUGUUUUAAAAUACUUUUUUCAUACUCCGGUUUCCUCCCCCUAAAGAUGAAAAAACAAAGUUAAUCAUGAUAUGUGUACUGUACGUAUUUAUUGCGGUUAAUUAGUUCAGUUAACCCUUCAAAAUACGGGUUUUAACAUUACUAGAGCCCUUUACCGCUUAUCCUCACGAGGUGCUGGAGCCUAUCCCAGCUGUCUUCGGUCGAGAGGCGGGGUACACCCUGGACUGGUGGUCAGCCAAUCACAGGGCACAUAUAGACAAACAACCAUUCACACUCACAUUCAUACCUAUGGACAAUUUGGAGUCACCAAUUAACCUAGCAUGUUUUUUGGAGAAAACCCACGCAUGCACAGGGAGAACAUGCAAACUCCACACAGACAUGGCCGAGGGUGGAAUUGAACCCCGGUCUCCUAGCUGUGAGGUCUGCACACUAACCACUCAACCACCGUGCAGCCCUAAAAUACUUCUUAGUUCCUUUUAUUUAUUUACUUUUAUCAUUUUUGUCUUACCUUUUUUUUUUAAUCGAAAUAUGAAGUACAUGCACUCUAUCUUUCACUGAGCUCUGAUACUUUGUUGUAAAAGUCUGAUGGUGAGCCUGGGUAUAUCAUUAGAAACUCAUUCAUUCAUUAAUUCGGCAGAGCAUAAAAAUACAAGCUCUCCAGCUGGAAUUUUCCUCUUUAUGGAAGGACGGCCUUCCAGCUCACAUACGCCCCCCUGUCCCUUUAGGAUGAAGUGAGUACUGCAAGUGCCUCUCGUAUGGCAUUUAUGUAUAUUUAAUUACCCGAUUAGCAGGAAUAAUGAUGUCACAAUUACAUUAAAGACAUUGCCCGGGCUUUAGAAAGUCAUUAUACUGUUAGCGACAUGCUAACAAACAGAACGUCUUGGGUUUCUUCUCAGCAAUGAAAAUGAAUUUGCCUUACUUGCCUCCUCACCGGUAAAGACUGAACGUUUCUAUUUGAACAAAUGUAUAUAAAUAAAGAUUUUUUUUUAUGCACAAACACCCAA